GCCCCCACCGGGCUCUCACCUCUCCGGCCGCCACUGCACCACCCCCGCCCCCUUCCGACGACGACCGAGAUACACCACCAAACCAAACCAACCAUGACGCGUCCACCCUUCGCCGCGACGCCGCUGCUGCUGGUGCUGGCCGUCCUCGCCGCCGUCGCGGCCCUCGCCGCCGCCGCUGCUUCAGGCCCCGGCGGCUUCGUCGUCACCGGCCGCGUGUACUGCGACCCUUGCCGCGCCGGCUUCGAGACCAACGUCUCCUCCUCCAUCCCCGGGUCGACGGUGUCGGUGGAGUGCAGGCACUUCGGCGGCGGGCCGGAGAGGCUGAAGGCGGAGGCGACGACGGACGAGCGGGGGUGGUACAAGGUGGAGAUCGACCAGGACCACCAGGAGGAGAUCUGCGAGGCGGUGCUGGUGAAGAGCGGCGACCCCAAGUGCUCGGAGACGGAGCAGUUCCGCGACCGCUCCCGCGUGCCGCUCACCAGCAACAACGGCCUCAAGCAGAACGGCGUCCGCUACGCCAACCCCAUCGCCUUCUUCCGCAAGGAGCCCCUCGCCGACUGCGGCUUCAUCCUCCAGAAGUACGACCUCAAGGACGCCCCCGAGACGCCAUGAUUUCCUUCCCUUCCAUUCUCCCCCGGCAUAGACGAUCGACAUUAUUGCCGUACGUGUUAGUCGUGGCAUCACUACGCUACUUAUUCACUCUACGAUCGAUCGACGGCGGCGACAAUAAUUAAUUAAUGGAGCCUACCUACACUAUCGAUCUGUUUUGUAUAACCCCCGCAAGUAAUUUGCAUAUAUAUAUAUAUAUACAAUGAUAUGAUUAUUUCUUCGUCGGUUAUUAUUCGAUAACGAUUCUAUGGGUGCCCGAUUCUACGUAGAAAAUCGGACACCACGUCUUCCCGCCACUGUACGUGUUCAUGUACGUGUUCAUGGUGCUUAAAAGUUUUAUAAUAUAAAAUUUGGGAUGAUAUGGUGGAGCAAA